AUGAUUCCUCCCUGCGAUCCCACGAUCCUCGAAAGCAAUACCCAAUUCAAAAAACUAUACCAACAACUCACAACCACCGUGCUCAACCCCGAUGGGUCUACACGCGCAAACGAUGUGCAACCGGCCAGACAAGAAGUCCUGGAAGACCUGAAGAAUUGCCGCGUACGGCAUGCAAGGAGACAAAUUGAGAAACAGACGUUGAGACGGUUGGCGUUCGAUCCGGAGAGUGGGUUGUCGGAUGAGUACCGAGACAUCGUCGCUAUAAUCGUACUUUAUCUGGAGACUUCGCGAGGCCAGAUCGGUAAAGACAUCGACGACCCCGGUAAUGGCAUAGAAAGCAGCGAAGUAUCCUCUCUUUUAGCUCCAGACAUCGAAGCAUUCUACGCCAAUAUCCCAGCCCUCAUCCCCUCCUUCUCCAGCGCCCUAACAUCCGCCGUCGACGACCUCCGAGCCAUAACAGACACCGACUCGGCCACCGCAGAAUCCAAAGAACCCCCGCGAACCCCUCGAGUCCGUACGCGACAAGUCACGACUAAAUCGGCACAGCCGGCGCUGCUGAAACCGCGACUUGGCGAGCGAUUGCAGCAGCUACGUCAGGUUCAGUUGUCAGAGUUACCCACGGCGAGGAAGCAGAUGGCCGCGACCGCAGCGGAGGUACUCGCGACGAGGGCACAGGUGCUUGAACGGACGGUUGUGCUGUUGGAGCGUGCAAAGCAUGGGGCGCUUUCCAGGGCUACGAAGGCUAAGGCCGAGCAUUUGGCUACGGUGGCGCAGGGUAUUGAGGGGAAGUUGGGCGUGAUGAAAUUGGAUAUUGGGUCUACCAUAUACACCCCCGAGACGAUCUCCUCUCUUGCCCGAUACAAGAAACAUCUCCAGGCGACGCGCGAGCGGUUAGAAGAGAGACGAGAGCUUGCUAUAGAGGAGUUGAACGGGGAGUCUGGAUCCGGUCCGCUCGGUGAUAUUGCGCGACAGUAUGCCAGUGUGAUCAAGGAGAUGGAUGCGGUGGAGAUGGAGAUAAAGAGCUUGGAGAAAAUCAAAAUGGCCGACGACGAAUCCCUCUCCAUUUACGACGAGAUCGAAAUCGAAGACAUGACCUUCGACCCCAACCUCCAAAUCUACCACUACCCAUGUCCCUGCGGCGAUCGGUUCGAGAUUUGCAUUGAUGACCUGCGAGAUGGGGAGGAGAUUGCUGUGUGUCCAAGUUGUAGUUUGAUGAUUAGGGUUAUAUUUGAUGAGGUGGGUUUCUUUUCUCCUCAGGGUUAA